AGAGACUGGCUGUGGUCAACUUUUUACAGUCAGUUUCGCAUCAAAUGUUGAGAGGGUGUGAUACUUCCUGAAACAUUGUGUGACCUUGUUCUCGGUUAGUUCGGCGGGGUCCCUCCCGACUGCUAUGCAGCGAGCAGCCCGAGCGCGACUUGAGCAGAAGCGGGAGGUUUAUUCAGCAACAGAACACUGAUGGCCUCCAAAGAAAUCCCUGAUGUUAAAUCAAACUUCUUCAUUCGCCAAGAUAGUGCAUCACUGUCUUUAGGGUUUGACCCGUAUCACGCUGGAUUCAAUCUUCAAUUUGUUGAGCCAUUGGAAGAUCGGUACAAGUGUGUGAUUUGUUCUUUUGUUCUAUGUAAUCCGUACCAGACUGGAUGUGGACAUCGAUUUUGUGAAAAUUGCAUUGCAGAAUUAAGAGAGACAAAACCAAUUGCCAUGUGUCCUAUUGAUCACGAAGGAAUUAUUUCAAAUUGGAUAUUUAGAGAUAACUGCUGCAAGAGGGAAGUGUGGAAUUUGAUGGUGUAUUGUAAAAAUGCACCAGAUUGCAACACAAAAGUAUCCUUUGGGCGUUUAGGGGAUCACCUUAAAAAAUGUCAAUUUGAAACUGUAGAAUGCAUCAACGGUUGCAACGCUGUCUUGCAAAGGAAAUAUUUAAUCGAUCAUUUGCAAGCAGUGUGUGAAUUUAGAGAAGAGGCUUGCCAAUAUUGCAAAGUGACUUUAAUCUUUAAAAAUAUUAAGGAUCAUGAAGUCAUCGCAUGUCCGAAGUAUCCUGUUUAUUGCACAAACAAUUGUGGUGAAAGUUUUAUGAGAAGUGAGAUUGAUGCACAUCUGACUAUCUGUCCAGAAGCUGAAGUGGAAUGUAGCUACAAAAAAUAUGGUUGCCAUGCCAGGGAGAAACGGAGGAAGAUCAAGGAACAUGAACAAUCUUGUUUAAAUGAACAUUUAUUGCUUGUUGUUACAAACAAUAAUAAAUUGGAAGAACAGAUAUUGGAUCUGCAAAAAACAUUAUGUGAAAGAAACCACAUUAUCACUCAGAUGGAAGAACAAAUAAACAAGCUUGACAUCAUGGUUGCACAUUUGAGUGAGGUUAUUUCUAAAAACGAUGAUGAGAUUGCAAAGACACAGAAAAUCCUGGCCGGACAUGCUGACAAAAUAAUAACCAUUGAGCAACAUUCACAACAACUUUGCAGAAGAUUAGAUCAAGAAAGAAAUAAUGAAAUAACAUCACUGAAGGAAGUAAUUAUUGCAUUGAAGGAAAAGGUGGAAACUGCUGAAAAUAACAUUGUGUCAAUGGUUUCUUUUAAGCCAUGUCUGAAGCAACACGAAUUAUUGUUAAAUGCCCAUAAGAAACUACUAGAAAAGACUAAUGAGAGAUUUCGAGUCUUGGAAGCAGCUGGAUACAAUGGCAAACUGAUAUGGAAGAUCUGCAACUACAGAAGGAGAAAACAGGAGGCAGCAGUGGGAGCUGCUGUUUCUCUUUUUAGCCAACCCUUUUACACAAGUCGGUGUGGAUACAGGCUCUGUGCUAGGGCAUAUUUAAAUGGAGACGGUGCAGGCAAAGGAACACAUUUAUCUUUGUUUUUUGUUGUUAUGAAAGGCGAAUAUGACUCUCUGUUGAUGUGGCCAUUUAAACAGAAGGUCACUCUUGCAUUGCUUGACCAGAGCCCAAAGAAACAUCACAUUGUAGAACUCUUUAAGGCCGAUGCCAGCAGCACCAGUUUCAAAAGACCAAUUUCAGAAAUGAAUAUCGCAUCUGGAUGUCCACGAUUUGUGUCCUUUGCAGUUCUCGAAGUUGGGAAAAUGGGGACAUAUAUAAAAGAUGACACAUUGUUCAUCAAAGUCAUCGUGGACUUAACUGAUCUUGAAGAUCAAUAGCCGAAUUUCUAAAAUUUUACUCAAACUAAUGGAUCCAUUGUUCGAUAUUGAAUGUUAUGUUACUAUAUUUUAUUGAGCACCAAGCUUGGGAAAGACUAAUAUAAUUAUUGUGAAUAUUUUUUUAUUUUUCUAUUAAAUGCAGAUCUCAUUCACA